AUGGAGCUGGGGCGGCUGGACUACCUGCAGGCCCUCGUUACCGAGUUCCAGGUGACAGACAGCCCAGAGGCCAAGGAGCAGGUGCUGGCGAACCUGGCCAACUUUGCCUACGAUCCCAAAAACUACGAGUACCUCCGGCAACUCCAGGUCCUGGAUCUGUUUCUUGAUACACUCACCGAAGACAACGAGACCCUCGUGGAGUUUGCGAUUGGUGGUCUUUGUAACCUGUGCCUGGAUAAAACUAACAAAGACUACAUCUUGGAGGCCAGCGGCGUGGAGCCCAUCAUCAACUGCCUCUCCAGCUCCAACGAGGAGACGGUCAUGUCGGCAGUCACGACGCUGAUGUACCUGACAACGACGCAGUCGCGCCAGCAGACCACGGCUCUGCCCGUGGUGGAGUGCAUGCUUCGCUUCUCCCUCUCCGCAAGCAGAAGGCUAAGCAAUCUGGCAACCGUCUUCCUGGAGGAUUACUGCACUCCUCCGCAAGUGGAAGAGGCCAGGAAUCUCAGCAGACACACAGCGGUGGGGAUUCCUCUCCCCAAGGAUUGA